GCAACGCGCUUGCUCUCCCGGGUAAAACUCUGUGCCUCUUUCUCAGCGCCUAUUCAUCCGCCAUUAAAAUUGUGCGCUCUUGGGAAGUUCUAGUUGAUAAAAAAAAAUUAAAAACAGAAAAUUGAAGUGCGACAGCUAAACGGUUUAAUUAAGAAAGCACUCUCACUAGAUAAGUGCAGACACAGGAGAGCGAGCCUUUCAAUAGGAGACCACCCGUGGCUGGCUGAUUUACAGGAAGGAACAGAUAAAAGAGGAAAAGCAGCAACAUGGGUAAAGCUCAGAGCAAGCGUUCGAUCGACAUCACCACCGAUCCCAAGAAGGUCGCCGAGGGGGAUGCGGUAGCGGGAAAGGUAGAAAAGAUCGAGGAUCCCGACCAGAAGGCGGCCGCGCCGGCAGUGAAUGGUGAUGCGGCCACGCCCAAGGAGUCGGCUGGUGAGGAAGGAGCGGCCGGCGAGAAAAAGGAGUCUGAAGAGCACUCGGAGAACGAUAAAGAUCUGACCACCGAGAAGAGUACAGCCGCAGCAGGUGAGGGCGCCUCUGGAGAUGUGGCAGCGGCCGAAACGCCGAAAAGCGAUGCCUCCCCAGAGGGCUCGUCUCCCAAGGAGGCAGCCGCCGGCGAGGAUAUCUCCCCCUUGGCAGACGAGAGCAUCAAGUCCAAGUCCAAGAAGGAUAAGGUAAAAAAGAAGUGGUCCUUCCGCAGCAUCUCGUUUGGCAAGAAGGACAAACAAAAGCCAGCCAAGUCCGAGGAGCCCGUCUCCCCGACAUCGGCCACAACAUCACCGACCACGGCUGAGGCAGCAGCUCCUGCCGCCGCCGCCGAGCCAGCGGCCACAACAAACGGAGAAGCCGAGCAGCCCGCAGCAGCAGCAGAGAAUGCCAGCGGUGCGCCUGCCACUGAGACCACGUCCAAGGAUGAAGCAAAGCCCGCUGAAAAUGGUUCGGCGACCGAGCAGGAGAAACAGGCCAACGGAGAGGGGGAGAAGGCGGCGCCAUCGCCAGCAUCAACAGUCGUUGAAGCGGAAAAGCCCAAGACCGCUGAAGAACCAAUCACUGCCACUGUCACUGCCACCACCACCGAGACGAAUGUUGUUGCCGCCGCCGCAGUCGCCACCACCACCGAAGAAGCCGUCAAGGAGAGGCAGCCAGAGCCCGCCGAGGUUGUGACCAAUGGCCAUGGAGGAGCUGCAGCUGCCGGCGAGGCGCUGACCAAUGGCGAUAGCAAUGGUCUGUCCGACUCACCCGUAACUGAGGCAGCAGCAGCCGAGAACAUUCCAAGCAGCGUUGAUGUGGAGCCACACCAGAAUGGCACAAACGGUGUCUCUUCCGGCAGUGCCACGCCACCGCCCACACCCGUUGCCGUCACUGCCGCCGAGUCCUCUGAGGCCGAACAGAUCAAGAACAAGUCGCAAAUUGAGGCAGCAGAAGCAGCAGAAGAAGAAGCUCAAGUCGUUGAGGCAAUCAUUCAAGCGGUUAGUAGCGAGGUGGAGGGCGAUGCCGAUUCCGAGGGAUUCGUUGUUGUUGACCCCGAAACCGAAACUGAAUCCAAAACUGAACCCGAAUCAGCACUUGAGUCCCCCACUGAGCCAGAGACACGUGAAGCUGUUGUUCCCGUUUCCCCUGUAGCCGAAAUUCCAGUCGAUACAGAGUCUGUUUCAGAGCCCAGCUCUGUUCCUGCCACAGCCAUUGACGAUGUAGUUGUUGAGGUGCGAAACAGCAGUCCGCCACCGUUGCCCAAGUCGCCGCCACCCUCCCGUGUCUCUGCGUUUGUCCUAGCCGAGGAUGCAAUCGACGAGCCAGAACAGACGCAGACACAGGCUCAGGCACAGGCCUCACCGACUGAGGCAGAACGCUCUGAAAUUGAGAAGCAGGCCAUCAGCAUUGUGGAUGAAAUAACCGAACAGGCAGCCGAUAUUGUGACCGAAGACCAAAAAGAUAAGCUCGCAGAGGAGGAACUAGAACAGCUGGUGUCCUCCCCAGCGAUCGUCGUCGAGGAAACAAUCGAAAUCGCAUCUUCCACGUCCAUAGAUGGUAAUGAAGUGCCAGCCGAGCCGACACCAGCGGAUGAUGAUGAUGAAGAGAGCGAGCCGAGAGCGCCAGAACAGGAGCAAAUCGUUGAAUCACAAAGCGAUGACGACAGUAUUGUCGAUAACAUCAUCAGCGAUCAGGCUGCUACGCUCAUCACUAAAAUUGGGGAACUGCCACAGGUGGAUGUCCGAGUGGACGAAGCAGAGGAAGAGAGCAACAACAAGGAUAUCGCCAAGGAUCUGAAGGAGAAGAAUGCCGCGGCAGACCAGACAACACAGGAACUGCCCGUUACAUGCGAAUAAUCCUACUCAUAAUUAUUAUAUAUAAUAUUACAUAUUAUUAAAACAGAAAACCAACAAAAAAAAA